AUGGGAACUUGUUGUUCUUCUUGUAUGUUUUCUGGAGAUGAUAGUGAUAACGGUCAACAUAAUGUUCGUGAAGCCGGUGGGAAUAUGCAUUUUAUAAGGACCAUGGAUAAUUGGGAAACAAUGUUAUCAGAAGCAAUCAAGGAAGACAAACUUGUUGUUGCAAACUUUGGUGCAUCAUGGUGCAAUCCUUGUAUAACUAUUGCACCGGUCUUUGCUGAGGUAGCAGCUAAACAUCCUUCAAUAUUAUUUCUAACCGUGGAUGUCGACGACCUCGCUGAGUUGAGUAAUUCAUGGGACAUAAAAGCCACUCCAACAUUUGUUUUUCUCAAAAAUGGAAGACAAGUCGAUACGCUAGUUGGAGGAAACAAGACUGAGCUCCAGAAGAAGAUAGCUGCUAUGUCUCAGUUAGCAACCAUGUCUCGUCAUUGA